AUGAUAAGUCUUUGCUGGAAGAUAGCCGUUUGCAUACUGUGGCCCGAGUUAAUAAGAAAAUAUGGCUAUCCCGCGGAAAUACAUGAAAUAGAAACCAAAGAUGGUUUCAUUGUGACCGCUCAUCGUAUACCAAAAUCAGGAGGACAACCUGUUUUGUUGGUUCAUGGACUUCAGGACAGUUCAUCCACUUGGGUCCUACUGGGACCUUCAACAUCGUUGGGUUAUCUGCUUAGUCAGCAGGGCUAUGAUGUUUGGCUCAUGAAUACCCGUGGAAAUCGAUAUUCGCGUAAACACAAACAUUAUCAUCGAUAUCAGCCACAAUUUUGGGACUUUUCGUUCCAUGAAGUUGGCAUGUACGAUCUGCCAGCUGCAGUGGAUUACAUUUUACAGCGUAGCAGGAAUUUCAGCCAAGUCCAUUUGGUGGGUCAUUCCCAGGGAACUACAUGUAUCUUCGCAAUGGGCAGUGAGAGACCCCAAUAUAUGAAGAAAAUCAAGUUGGUGCAAGCUUUGGCUCCAGUGGCAUAUUUUGAUUACGUCGAAGGACCACUCGUGUCUGUUCUAGCCAAAUAUAUGAAGCCUCUUUCGAUGAUUUUGAAGCUUAUUGGCAUUCAUGAGCUUCCUCCAGAAAAUGAAGCAUGGAAUGAAGUUUUUUACAAGUUUUGCACUUUUAUUAUACCAAACACUUGUUCCUAUUUCACGCUACAAAUUUCUGGCGUCGAUAUUGAUCAAUAUAAUAUAACCUUGGUUCCAUUGUUUUCUGGUCAAGCACCAUCGGGCACCUCAGUGAAAUCGCUCACGCAUUAUGCUCAACUUGUACACAGCGGUGGCUUCUAUAAAUAUGAUUACUACAAUCCUGAUGAGAAUCGAAGGCGAUAUGGGGAAUCUGGAGCAAUACGACCACCACAAUAUAAGUUAAAGAACCUCAAUUGUAAAGUCGCAUUGUUCUAUGCCCGGAAUGAUUUGUUAACGGCUGUCAAGGAUGUGGAAAGGUUGAGUCGAAUUUUACCCAAUGUCGUGCACAAGCAAUUGAUGGCUUAUGAGAAAUUCAAUCAUAUUGAUUUUGUUUGGGGAAAGGAUGUCAAAACUAUGCUCUAUGAGGAUAUGAUUAAGCUUAUGCAAAAAGUUGAUAGGGGAGAAAUUUAACACAAUUAUUAAAAACAACAUUU